CUUUGCAAUUGUAGUCAAUUCUCAGACAUCUCUGAUUGUUCCCCUAUUUUCUCAAAUGGUCCAUCGUUGUCACAAUGCUUUUCCAUUUCUCAUGGAUCGCCGAACAACAAGAAACUCUAAGGAAGAAGACUGUGUAGGAGUAGAGCAGAGACAGAGCAAUCAUCAAUUGAAACAAUGGAGAGAGAAGCAUCAAACCCAGAAGCAGAUUUGGCAAAAGGAACAUGGCGUUGUAGGGCGGUGGUGCUGAAAGUAGAUCUGUUGGAGGUGGGUUCGAAGGAAACCACACUGUUGAAGAGGAAGAAGAGGCUGCAGAUGAUUAGGAUGAGGAUAGAGGUAAGGAGGAAGAUGGAUGUGGUGAGGAUGGUGAACAACAAGGGCUAACCUAGGCACCUUUAGAGUUAACGAAAAGUAAUGAAGGUGUAAUGGAGUGUAUAACGAAAGAGAGUAUAUGUAUCAAUGUCCUAUUAAAUAUUAUGAAUUAGG